AUGCGUGCCGGGGAGGAUCGCGGUGGCGGGCAGGAGGAGGAGGAGGGUGGUGGUGCAGGUUGCUGCUCGUGCCUGCCGUUCUGCAGCCUGAGCCUGUGGGGCCUCGGGAAGAAGCGGCGGCGGCGGCGACGGCGGCCGUCGCCGCGAAGGUUGUUCAGGCUAAGGCUCCGGCUGUCGUGGUUCUCCUGGCCAUGGUGGCCGCGGAAGAACGGCGGGAAGAAGACGAAGACGAAAGGGAACGGGACGAUGAAGAGUCGUCGUCGGAUGCUGCUGCUGCUCUCGCCGUCGCCGUCGCCGCCGCCGUCCAAGAAAGCGCUCGCCACGUCUGUCUCCUCCUCAGCCGGCAGCUUACUGCUCCCCAAGGUGGGCAGCUUCGCCGACGGCAAGAAGCAGCGGGGCGGGAGCAAGUCGUCGCCACGGCCGACGGCGCCGCCGCCGCCGCCUGCGCGGCCGGAGACGGAGGGCAGCUGGCAACCGUGCCGGAGGCCGGCGCCGCCCGACGAGGUGACCGGCGUGAGGAGAGCCCCUUCGAGGAGGCACGGCUCGUUCCGUCGCGACGGCGGAGGCGGCGGCGGCGGGGUGCUGUUGACGAUGGCGACCACGCUGGGAGUGAUCGUCUUCUUCGGCCGCGCCACCGCGGUGGCCUUCCUCUGCUCGUGCCUGUACGGCGCGCGGUUCGUCCGGGCGCAGGUCGCCGGCGCCGCUGCCAAGGGCAAAGGCGGCGGCGGCGCCACCGGCGGCAGCGAAAGGUUCGGCGAGCGGAAGGCGGCGGCGGCGGAGCCGUGCACGGAGGAGCUCAAGAAGAAGGUGGUGAUGGAAGGGUUGCUCGAAAGAGGCGGCAAGAGGUUUUCCUCCCGGCUUUUGUAAAU